CUGUCAUCAUGUCAGAUAGAAGUGUCAACUGUCAAACAGUCUAUAAUUUUUGCCUUCAAUCCAAUCAGACGUUAUCAGGUUUUUUGUUCCGCAAAAUUCUUAAAAUAAAUCACCAUGGAGCCCGAAAUAGACGAAGUGUUAGAGCGCGCCCACUUUCGAUCAGUCGUUGCGGCUUUUAGAAACUACAAGGCACAUUCUCUACAACGGAUCAGCAAGUCAGAGAAAAUCAUUGCAAAACUCCCGGAAAACCACCAAAGAAGGCUGGAAAAGUACAAAACCUACUUGGGGAAGUUCAGAAAAUGUGUAGAAGUCAACAAUCACAUCGUCCAGCAGAUAAUACAGGAUGUGGAGACGAUGUUUGAGAAUGUAGACCACAGUAAUACAGAGACAAACGGCAAUGGCACUGGCCAUGAGGCUGAUUAUGUGAAUGGCAGCUUUGAUCCUAUCAAUAUUGAGAAGCAGCAUAAAGUGCAACAUGAUGUGGAAAAAGUACAAUCGGUGCUCAAGAACCUGGUCCGUGAUUGGAGCGACAUGGGCGCGGCGGAGCGCGAGCAGUGCUACAAGCCAAUCAUCGACGAGAUCAUUGAACGGUUCCCGCCUAGUGAGUGCCAACCAUCAUCCAUCAAAGUCCUAGUCCCGGGCGCGGGGCUCGGCCGGCUCGCGUGGGAGGUGGCGGCGCGCGGCUACACGUGUCAGGGCAACGAGUUCUCACUGUUCAUGCUGUUUGCCAGCAAUCUGGUGCUGAAUAGGACCACUGAGGUGAACAAAUACACAAUCCACCCGUGGCUCCACCAGUACGUGAACAACCUGACGUGCUCGCACCAAGUGUUGGGCGCGCGCGUGCCCGACGUGCUGCCCGCCUCCGACGCACACGAGCACAACUUGUCUAUGGCCGCUGGUGAUUUCCUCAAGGUAUACACAGAAGCGGACGAAUGGCACUGCGUAGCUACCUGCUUCUUCAUAGACUGCGCGCCGAAUGUCAUAGAGUUCAUAGAGAACAUCUACAAGAUCCUGCGGCCGGGCGGCGUGUGGGUCAACCUGGGACCUCUGUUGUACCACUACAGUGAUCUCACGACGGAAGACAGCAUAGAGCCUCCAUACGACAUUCUGCUAGACAUCAUCAAAGAUGUCGGAUUUAUUAUAUUGAAGGAAAAGACUGGAGUGAAGACGAAAUACGCACAAAACCCAAACUCCAUGCUGCAACACGAAUACGAUUCAGUGUUCUUCGUCUGUCAGAAGCCUACACAGUAAAUGUACAUUUAAAUUAAAGUUGUUAUAUUAUUAUUAUUACCGUGAGAUCUUACAAACAAGUGAGAUUACAUAAGUAUGUGCAGAAAAACUGUUGAAACAAGAUUGUAUUUUUAGGGUGCUUUUCCACUAGAUAUGUGCUAUGCUAUGCUAUGGAUGUGUUUGAUAUCCACCAAUCUAUUCCCUGGGUCGUUCCACGGAUGUCUUUCAUAUCAUAGCUGCAAAAUACAUCUCUGGUAGAAAGUCUAUUAGAAAAUAUAAGUGGUGUAAUUUUGGUCCAGCGAAGGAUUUGUGAACAUUUGAGACUAACUCAAAAGAACAAAAUUUAGCAGAUGACAAUUCGGACACUUUGAUGGUCCGCCAAGUGUCUGUUUGUUGCUGUUUGUGAGACUGGAGAGUGACUCAUUAAAUC